CGCACUCUCUGGGGGGACGGAAUCGGAGGGGCGCACUCUCUGGGGGGACGGAAUCGGAGCGGCACACUCUCUGGGGGACGGAAUCGGAGGGGCGCACUCUCUGGGGGACGGAAUCGGAGGGGCGCACUCUCUGGGGACUGAUGCUGUACCAUCCAAUGUAAGCGUGUGCCACCUGGUUUUGCGGAGCGAUGUCACGGCUCUGGCGGCCGGGCCCCGUAUGGAGAGGGAUUGCUCCGUAUUUUUGGCCGGGCGGCUUUACUGUAUUUCUGUUUGUGUUUUAUUUGACAGUGUGAAGAACUCCCUGUUUUUGCACUUUAACCUGCUGUGUCCCUGUCUCGUUGCAUCGCUACCACCUGCCGACCUCCGCACAUGCCUACCACAUAUGGUGGCUUGGAGCAAGCGAUAGCAGUGAGGCACACACGUGGUGAAGGUCCCGGCUCACUGUGGCAUCGAAGCCACAGCCAUGAACGAACUCGCGAAGCAUCAGAGAGACCAACCGCCUGCUGGCCGAGCAGAUGUCACCGGCAGGGCUCUGCAGGAACAUCACUGUGGAAGGCCUCGGAGCUACCGCAGCGAACGGCUCCCGUGGUCUCGGCGUGGAUGAGCUGCUUGGGCUCUCAGGAUUUCACCGCUUAGAUGCCAUGGUCGCACACAAUUGACCACAGCAUCUGAGGGGUUAAAGGUCCAUGAUCGCUGUUAUUCUCGAUCACAGACAAUGCUUACGGGUGUCUACAGUGUAAAACAUCAGGCACCCGGCAGCUAUGGGGCUUACAGCUUCUGAGGGUGGAGGCAUGUCUGGUACAGGAGGGCACGAUAUGUAUGUGGGCAAACCACUGAAUGGAGAAUGGUGUGCAGGCUCCGGAAGAAGAAGCCCAGACCAGCGCGGUGGGAGAAGGUACAGCAUCGCUACGUGUGGGCAUUGCUUGUGUCUGAUGUGUGCCCGCUGCCUAGGGAGUCGUGUGACCUGUACCGGAAUGUAAACCAAGUGAGGACCCGGAGCACAACAGGUGGACCUCGGAAAUCCCACCACAUCACUGCUUAAAUAGAAAAGAGUCCCUAAUCUGGUAAUAGUGUGCUGCGCUGUGUGAAUGCACCCGUAUGAUGCUUAUAGAGUUAAAAAUGUGGACUAGAGUUAGGAAUAGGAACCCCUGAAGAAGCCUUGGGAGGCGAGACUGGUCGGGAGCUUAUGAGCUCCAUCCUGAGAAGUUUUCCACCAUUUUUCUACCUGUUUUAUAGCAGAUGUCCAUCCUGUGAGCAUUCGUAGUACAUACGGCCGGCUGCACAAGGUUCUGUCUCUGUGUCUCCAUAUUCCUGUGACUGAUGGAAAAGCUUCAUCCAACAACACGGUGGCCUGAAAGUGUGAGGGGCUGCAGAGUGGCCACCUACAGCAACAUCUGGAGAUCCAAGUCUACAGGAGGUCAUGUCAACCAGGAGGCUAGUAAGGGCACAGCGUCUGCACUGGUGCUGAGAAGAUGGCUCCUUUGGAGUAAAGCAGGUGCUCUGACCCUGACUGCUGGGGUUCCUGAGACUCGCCCGCCCCAGGCCUGGGAUAUGAAUUAAUACAUUUUACAGGCGCCGAGGGGUAGAGGACACCGGCCUUACAUACAGGACUCUCACAGAUAAAGUCUUCGUAAGACGAUGGUCCUUUCCAUCAAUGACCCAACAAGGAUGGAGAAGGACAGAAGCCACAUGCCUGCAGAGAUAUUAGACCUCGCCCUUGAGAUCAUCUCCUUGAUAACUGGAGAGGAUUACACAGUAGUGAAGAAGUCGUCUGAUGAGUUUGUGACACCUCGUGUGUCAGGAGGACGGAGCAGGACCCAGAGCCCCGUCACCGAGCCUCCACCUCAUUCACUGAUACAUGAGCAGAAGAUCCUAGAACUUACCAACAGGAUCACUGACCUGCUGAGCGGAGAGGUUCCUGUAAGGUGUCAGGAUGUCGUUGUCUAUUUCUCCAUGGAGGAGUGGGAGUAUUUAGAAGGACACAAGGAUCUAUACAAGGACGUCAUGAUGGGGAAUCAUCAGCCCCUCACAUCACUGGAUGAAUCCAGUCAAAGAAAUUCAUCAGAGAGAUGUCCUAGUUCUCUAUGUCCCCAGGACUGUCCAGAGGAGAAGCCGAAUGUCCCACUGGAUCAUCGGGACGUCAUGAUGGAUAAUCACCAGCCUCUCACAUCACUGGAUGGAUCCAGUCAGAAAAAUCCAUCAGAGAGGUGUCCUAGUCCUAUGUAUUCCCAGGACUGUCUAGAGGAAAAGCAGAAUGUCCCAGUGGAUCAUCGGGAAAGUGAUGGAAGUGGAAGGACGAGUGGCCUGGAGAACCCCACAUCGGUGUCAGUGACUGGUGACAACAGAAGGAGAGGCUCAGAUGGACAUCUCCUUUUAUCGCCCAGUUAUGAAGUAAAAGAUAAUCGGUCACAGAUUAGCAGGACAAGACUGGGUGAAAUGUUUUCAUGUUCUGAGUGUGGAAAACAUUUUACUGACAAAUCUCAUCUUUCCGCCCAUCAGAGUAUUCACAGAGAUGAACGUCCAUUUUCAUGUUCAGAAUUUGGGAAAUCUUUUAGCAAAAAAUCAAAUAUUGUUAAAGGUAAGAGGAUUCACACAGAAGAGAAACCUCCUUCAUGCCUAGAACGUGGAAACCGAAGUAAGCUUGAACAACAUCUUGCGAAACAGCAAAGACAUCCUAAACGUGAGAAGCUAUUUUCAUGUCCUGAAUGUGAAAAAUGUUUUAACAAAACAACAAAUCUAAGGGAUCAUCUAAGAACUCACACAGGAGAGAAGCCAUUUCCAUGUCCGGAAUGUGGGCAAUGUUUUAGAACUCAGUCAAAUCUUGUUAUGCAUCGGAAAUUACACUCAGGAGAUAAGCCAUUUUUAUGCUCAGAAUGUGGGCGCUGUUUUAUAAAGCAAUCAAAUUUUGUUAAACAUCAGAGAAUUCACACAGGAGAGAAGCUAUAUUCAUGCUCAGAAUGUGGGAAAAGGUUUACAGCUCAAUCAAGUGUUGUUGUGCAUCAGAGAAUUCACACAGGGGUGAAGCCAUUUUCAUGCUCAGAAUGUGGGAAACGUUUUGCCUUUCAUUCAGGUCUUCUUUCACAUCAGAGAAGUCACACAGGGGAGAAGCCGUUUUCAUGCUUAGAAUGUGGUAAAUGUUUUGCCCAUAACUCAAGUCUUGCUGAUCAUCUGAGAACCCACACAGAGAAGAAGCCAUUUUCUUGUCCUCAGUGUGAGAAGGGUUUUGGAAAGAUGUCAACUCUUGCUAAGCAUAUAAGAAAUCACACAGCGGAGAAGCCGUAUUCAUGCUCAGAAUGUGGGAAACGUUUCCGCUAUAAAUCAAUUCUUGCUAAACAUCAAAUAAGUCACACGGGAGAGAUGCCGUUUCCAUGCUCUGAAUGUGACAAAUCUUUUCGCUAUAAAUCAAGUCUUGCUAAACAUCAUAGACGUCACACAGGGGAGAAGCCGUUUUCGUGUCCAGAAUGUUGUAAAUGUUUUAGCUGUAAAGCGAAUCUUGUUAAACAUCAAAGAAGUCACACGAGAGCGAAGCUGUAAUUGUGUUCAGAAGGUGGGAAAUGUUUUCAACGCAAAUAAACUUUUGUGGGACAUCCGAGAACUCA